AAGUUGUGCGGCGUUUCAAAAGCGAGAUCCCAGGAGAGAUCAAGCUGGAAACCCGAAAUGGUUACAGUCACACUAUUGUGGUUGCCAAGAACCAAGAAAAUCUUGUCCUUACAGUGGGUUGGCGGCAGUUCGUUGAAAACUAUGAUCUACAAAUGGAUGAUUCCUUAAUAUUCAGAUACAAAGGGAACUCCCAGUUUAGUGUCAUGAUCUUUGAUAAGCUUGGUCGUGAAAAAGCAUUAUCGGUUGUUCCGGCUCCUUUUUUGCCUCAGGUCCAAGACAGGCGCAACGAGGCACAUGAAAUCGGGUGAAAUAUUAGACUUUAUUAUUCAUGGCUUUAUUUCCAGGUACCAAAUUUCACUUCAAAUGGCUUUUACGCUGCAGGUAUUCUCAGAAGAUGGAUGUGCCUCCGGAAAGAAGAAAAAGGCGGACUGAAUAUCACUAUGCAAACUUGGAUGAUGAGAAGAAAUAUUUCUUGGUGCUUAUGUUGGUUGAUUUUCAACAUGAGAUGAUCGUCCCAAAAGAAUUUGUUCAGCGUUUCAAGGGCGAAUUCCCAAGAGAAAUGAUACUUGAAACACAAAAUCGUCGCAGUUGCAAAAUUGGAGUUGCCAAGAACAAUGGAAAGCUUGUCUUUACAGUGGGAUGGGGGAAAUUCGUUGAAACCUUUGGUCUAGAGAUGGAUGACACCAUAUUAUUCAGAUACAAUGGGAACUCUCAGUUUAAUGUCAUAAUCUUUGAUGAAGAUGGCUGUGAGAAGGCAUCAUCAGUUUUUUUGGAUCCUUCUCCGCCUCCUGUGCAAGAAAGGUGCAGAAGUGCUACUGAUACUGUGAAAAGUUCUCAUGUUCAUGCUCAGGCAAUUCAAACGCAGUCAUUUAGCAUAGUGAAAGGGACGCCGAUGGGGUCACCACGCUUCAAAAUGGAAAUGGGCAAGUCAUGUGAAGACAACAACACCGUGAUAAGUAUUUCCUCCUGCGAGUCAUCAGGAGAAUCUUGCUCCUCUGAAGAAGAAUAUGUAGUACAUAAAGUGCCUCGUUCUGAUUAUGUCAGGAAGAGGAAGGCCCGGCAGUUGAAGGAUGCCAAUGGAGUGACCACACUAUCUUCAUUUAAGAAGGAGCAGUUGAAGGAUCAUUACAUUACCGCCCACAAGACCAAACUAACUUCAACUCAGAAGGAAGUGGUGAAGCAGAAGGUCCAAUCCAUGUACACAGAGAUCCCCAUCUUUGUUGCUGCGAUGCGCAAGUACAAUGUUGCUAUAGACUUCUUGCUGACUUUCCCCAGAUACUAUGCUAAGAAAUAUCUUGGAGAGGAGCCACACAUGUAUCUUCAGCGGAUGGGCCGGAAGUGGGAUGUGUGGUUUAGUGAAAAGAAUGACUGUAAAAAUCUCAGGAGGGGAUGGAGACAGUUUGUAGAAGACCACAAGCUGAAGAUUGGUGAUAUCUGCCUCUUUAAACUGUUGAGCAUUCAGAGUAGAACCAUGGAGGUCUAUAUCAUCCGUGCAAACGAUGCCAAUUAUCAGGCAGGUCUCCAGAAUGAUGGUGACCGGGAAGCGGCUUUCCAGGGAGGAGCUCCUACUCAUCAUGCGCAUGGAGUUAAAACUGAAGCUGUGGAAGAAGAUGUUGUUGCCCCUGAUGGUGCCUGAUCGCCCAAGGAAAAAGUCUGGUGUCUGAACCAAGCGUAGCUGCUGUUUUUGCGCUCUGCGGAAAACAAGCGAUCCUACCGAUCAGAAGACCUUGGUUGCGUUGUAGAAACUUGAAACUGUUCUGGUGCUCGAUCUUGCUCCGUAGUUUGUUCGUUUUCAUCACAGGCUAGCCGUGCACGCGGCCUGGAACUCCCCUAGUUGUGGUUUAGCUGCCUUUUAGUUCCCUUUUGCACCUGUGGAUGCUGCCUUUGUGGUUGCAGUUUAUUUCGUUAUGGUGAUGAUGAUAGUGGAACCCGUCCCUUCAUGGCCGUUAAAAUUGGACGCUUUCAUUUAUCGAGAUGCCAUGUUGCCAAAUUCCCUGUCUCGGAGGUAGACUGGUAGUGCUUUCAUGUUGGUGCUAGUGCUUUUGUUGUUGGUUCAUGAAUCGCUACUGAUGGUGAUAUCAUAGUGCUUUUGUGUUGAUUAGUGAAUUGCCAGUGAA